AGGUGCUGCGGGCGGCACCGGCGGCGGGGGGGCCGUGCCAGCCGCGAUUGGCCCGGCCCGGCCCGGCUCGGCCCCCUCCGGGGUGGGGGGGGGGCCCGGCCCCGCUGCCCCCCCGCCCCGCUCCGCUCCGCGCCCCCCGCUUUUAAAGCCCCCCGGUGCCGGCGGGGCGUUGGGCUCCAGCGGCGGCGAUGAAUCCCGGAGCUCCCUGAGCGCAGCUCCCGGGGUUGGUGUCAGCUCGGCCCCGCGCUGAUUUAUGGCCCAUGAUUUUGCCGAACAAGCAGCGGCCUCCACCCUCCCUCGCUCUCCGUGCAGGUCAAGGAUGGUCCAUGUGAUGGGGGAUGCGGGCUGCUGGUUCCUGCUCGGGCUCUCCCUGCUCCCCAUCGCUGUCCUGGGCUCCCAGGACAAUGGGAAGGUGAUCCACAUCAACAGGGUGCAGCACCAAGCCGUGCGCGUGGGGCUGGGGGAGCCCGUCGCCCUGCCCUGCCUCUUCCUGCUCCAGCCCUCCGCCUCGCUGGGGCCCAACGAGCCCCCCGACCCACCCCGCGUCAAAUGGAGCAAGGUGCGCUCGGCCACCGGCCAGAGGGAGGACGUCCCCAUCCUGGUGGCCAAGGACAAUGCGGUGAAGGUGGUGAAAGCCUACGAGGGUCGGGUGGCCCUGCCUGGCUACCCCCGCGACCGCUACAACGCCACGCUGCUGCUGCACGCCGCCCGCGCCAGCGACGCGGGGCUGUACCGCUGCGAGGUGGUGGCUGGCAUCGAUGACGAGCAGGACCUGCUGCCCCUGGAGGUGACGGGCGUCGUCUUCCACUACCGCCCUGCGGGCAAGCGCUAUGCACUGACCUUUGCCGCCGCCCGCCGCGCCUGCCUCGACAACUCAGCCGUCGUGGCCUCCCCGCAGCACCUCCAGGCUGCCUUCGAGGACGGUUAUGACAACUGUGACGCGGGCUGGCUCGCCGACCAGACAGUGCGGUACCCCAUCACGCUCUCCCGGCCCGGCUGUUAUGGAGACCGCAACAGCCUCCCCGGUGUCCGCAGCUAUGGGUGGAGGGAGCCCGGAGAAGAGUACGAUGUCUACUGCUACGCGCGGGAGCUGCGAGGGACGGUGUUCUACGCCGCGGUGCCGGGGCGGUUCACCUGGCAGGGGGCCCGCAGGCACUGCCGGAGCCGCGGCGCUUCGUUAGCUACCACGGGGCAGCUCUACCUGGCGUGGCGCGAGGGCCUGGACCAGUGCGACCCAGGCUGGUUGGCCGACGGCAGCGUCCGCUACCCCAUCAGGUUCCCACGCAAGAAAUGUGGUGGUGAUGCCUCUGGCGUCAGAACCCUCUAUCAGUUCCCCAACCGCACCGGCUUCCCCCCCGCCACUUCCAAAUUUGAUGCCUACUGCUAUAAAGCACACGCAGCCGCGGGGCAGAGGAAGCUGGAAGAGCCAGUGCCCCCCACACCCAACCCACCGAGCAGCGACAACGUGCUGGUGGAGCACGGUGAGGACCUGGGCACGUCGGGGGACACCCGGGACGCACUGCCGGAGCGCUACGGCAUCGUGCCGCAGCCGGGGCUCGCGGAGCUGGGGGAGGACGAGCAGUUGCGGCCAACGAUCGGCAGCCCAGCGGUGCAGCGCGGCGACCUCCCCGCGGCUGCAGCGUCGCAGGCGAUGGUGGCUCAAGGCCUGGGUGAUGGCACAUCCCUACCUCCCGCCGCGGGCUCCUCACCGGCGUGGCCCCACGAGGAUGAAGCUCUCAACGUGGUGGACCAGGUGCCGUUGAGCUCCUGGCAGGGUCUGGCCAGCACCAGCCCGGCACUGCCCGUGCAAGAAGUCCCUGACCCCGAGAAGCCCGUGGACACCUUCCUGCUGCAGUCCCAAAGCCCAACCAAGGGGCACGGCAUGGGGUCACCACCAACACCACCUGGGAUGGGGAUGGUGCCUAGCGCGGCAGCAGAGACCCCCGGCACCCCGCCAGCCGGCUCCCGCGCCCCGAGGCGCAGCAGCUACGCUGGGCUGAACGGGCGCCACUUCCAACUACAGCAGCAGAGCCGGGACCCCGCGGUGGCAGCCGGGGACCCACCGGUGCCCAGAGACCCUGUGGUGGCUGGGGAUGUGGUUGAGACGGUCACCCAGGCCCCCGUCCUGGCCCUGGAGGUGAAGGGGGCUGCAGCCAAGGCCAUGGAGACAUGGAGCAUCCCCAACGCCAGCACUGAGAGCGUCCUCCCCCGCGCACCCUCCGAUGCGGUGGAGGAGGAGAUCAGCCCUGAGCUGAUGGCAUCAGCCACCAUCCCGGUGUCCCCGUCGCCGCAGGCACCUGCCGGGAGAGAUGCACCACAGUGGAGCCCCCGCAUCGCCCCCCGCCAUCCCGGGGGGGCCACAUGGACACCCCUUGCACCAUCCCCAUCCCUGCCCGCCGCCACCGCUCCCCACGAUGCUCUUGGCCACCGGGACAGCACCACGGUUGGGGUUCAGCCCCGCGCCCCCAGUGCCCGUGGUGACUCUCCCCGGCUGCCCGUGGAUGCCACCGAGGACUUCUCUGGGGACACCUUCUCCCAGGAGGACGGUGGCUCUGUCUCACCGCAGCCCCCACUGCCCCCAGCCCCGCUGGUGGCCGAGGGCCCCGAGAUGGUCCUGCAGCCCCGCUCUGAUGGUGGUGAUGGCAGCGGGGCCCUGGCUGAUGGCUCAUUGGAGAGGCAGAGGAAAGCGGUGACCUUCUUUCACCCAGCCAGCCCCUCCGUGGGUCAUCCCAUCACCUCCAGCCCCUCCGUGGGGCACCCCAUCACCCCCAGCCCCUCCGCAGGGUACCCCAUCACCCCCAGCCCCAUGGAGGCAGCUUCUCCCCAGCCCUGGGAGAUGCUGAGCCUCACGGCUCCGCGUGGACCAGCCGAGCCGCUGGCCAGGUAUGGGGGUGCCGGGGAAGGUUCGGCCAAGCCAAGCAGCCAGGCAGCCACGUCCCCCCCAGCACAAGAUGUUCCUUCGCCUUCACCCCCUGUCUCGGCCAGUGGGGUGACCCGGGGGGCCGGUACAGAGUGGCCAACGGAGGUGGAAGCGAUGGAGCCGGUGGCCAAGGAGGUGUCCGUGGGAUUCACCUCUGAGGCUCCCCAGCCCUCCAACCGCACUGUGCCGGAGCUCGGGGGAGCGGAGCAUCUCCUCCUGUCCCCUCCGGCCCCUCGGCAGCCCCCCGGCCCCCAGGGUGUCCCCAUCCACAGGGGUGCACUGACAACCCCCAGCGAGGAGGAUGCCUCCGGGGAAGCGAAGAGGGAAGAGCCCCCCAGCCCAGCCCCCCCCAGCCCCUCGCCAUCACCCACCGCCCCCCACCCAGGGGUGCUGGAGGCACCCGAGUCCCUGAGCACAGAGCCGCUCUUUGAGCCCUCCACGGUGGCAGAGCUCGGGGGGCUGGGGGGGUCCCCACUGCUGGAUGCCGAUAGUGGGAGCGGCGAGGAGCCGGGGCUGGAGGAGAGGGAGCUGCUGGCCUGGGUGGGUGCCUACAACACCAGCCAGGAAGCUCCGGCGGACCCCUGCCAGAACAACCCCUGCCUGCACGGCGGCACCUGCCACGCCAACGGCACCGUCUGCGGCUGCAGCUGCGCCCCGGGCUUCACCGGGGAGAACUGCGAGAUCGACAUCGACGAUUGCCUGUCCAGCCCCUGCCAGAACGGCGGCACCUGCAUCGACGAGGUCAACUCCUUUGUCUGCCUCUGCCUGCCCAGCUACGGCGGCAGCCGCUGCGAGAAAGACACGGAGGGCUGCGACCACAACUGGCACAAGUUCCAGGGUCACUGCUACCGGUACUUUGCCCGCCGGCGCUCCUGGGAGGAUGCGGAGCGGGAUUGCCGCCGCCGCGCCGGCCACCUCACCAGCAUCCACUCACAGGAGGAGCACAGCUUCAUCAACGGCUUCGGGCACGAGAACACCUGGAUCGGGCUCAAUGACAGGAUUGUGGAGCAGGACUUCCAGUGGACCGACAACACUGCCUUGCAAUACGAGAAUUGGCGGGAGAACCAACCCGACAAUUUCUUUGCGGGCGGCGAGGACUGCGUGGUGCUGGUGUCUCACGAGAUUGGCAAGUGGAACGACGUGCCCUGCAACUACAACCUGCCCUACAUCUGCAAGAAAGGCACAGUGCUGUGCGGACCUCCGCCGGAGGUGGAGAACGCCUUCACCGUUGGGAAGAAGAAGGAGAAAUACAACAUCCACUCCAGCGUGCGCUACCAGUGCGAGGAGGGCUUCGCCCAGCGCCACGUGCCCACCAUCAAGUGCCACAGCACCGGCAAGUGGGACCGGCCCAAAAUCCUCUGCACAAAACCCAGGCGGUCGCACCGAGCGCGGCGUCACCACCGCCACCGGCACAGCCACCCCCACCACCAGCACCACCACCACAAACCCCGCAAGGAGCGGCGAAAACACCGCAAGCACCUCCGGCUGGACUGGAUGGAGGAGGGCCACUACUUCUAGAGACGGGGCGCCAGGAAGCACAAAGGUCCCCCGUGGGACGUGGUGACGUUGCCUGCCCCCCUCCUACCCCCAACCCUCUUUUAUAACCCCCCCUGCCCUUGGCUUUAGCUCCUAGGAUGCCCAACCCCGUAGGGAAUAGAUCCGGAGGGGGCGGCUGCGUGUGCGUCCCCAGCCCUCCCUGCAUGCCCCACGCUCAGCGCCCCCCGGAGCUGGGGUGCAGCCCCCCCUGCCCUGCACGGGGACCCCCGCGCACGCGGAGGCUGCGCCCUGGCUGGGCUCUGGCCCCCUCCCCAAAGGAGGGAUCCACCCGUUAGCCCCCAUCUCCCCCCCGGGCCGUCGUGUCUCGCUGGCACAGCGUGGCUCUGGUUUUUUAGCACCCCCCCUGGCCCCCAUCCUCCCACCCCAGCCCCAGUCCUGCCUGCUGGGGCACCCCCGCAGCCAGGAAGGGGGGACACACGAUGCUGCCAUCCCGCUCUGCCGCCUGGUUUGGGGGUUGGGUUUUAUUUCCCUGUGCCCUCGUUGUCGGGUCCCCGUUGGAGUUGGCGUAUGUGUGCGUGUGCGUGUACGGCGCUUUCUGAUCUCUGCUGUUUGCGACGUGACUGCCGUGUCCCGAGCCCCCUCCCCGUCGCUCCCCCCCCCCCCCGUGCCAUUUCUGACUCUGCCUUUCUGUACUG